AUGGAUUUCUACGGUAUUGGUGAGCUGCAGUUUUACAUCAAGAAAACCGACGAAAAUCUUCGAAAGGCUCUUCAACUCAUCCUUGCUCUGGAACAAAAGAUAGGAGGGAAUAAGCGAAUCCCCAAAAGCUCUGAAGAUCCAAUAACAAGCAGCGAACUACAAAAUGCACUUAGACUGCUCCUUGCAGCGACUUCUGCUUCGGCCACAUGUAACACGUCUCUUCAGCGUAAACACCAUGCGCCGUCUGACCACCAUUCGCUUCGGGCACUGAAGCUGCAUCCAGGAGAGGAAAAUUCGAGGAUAGGAAAGAGCUGGAAGAUCUACAGGAGAAUUGGCUGCUUACCGUAA